AUGAAUCCAAGAAUAUGUAAUAUGAUGUCAGAUACACCUUCGCCCAUGGCCAGCCGGACUUUAACGAUGGUUGCCAAGUGUUUACAGAAUUUAGCCAAUUUAAUAGAAUUUGGGGCCAAAGAACCAUAUAUGAUUCCUCUUAAUCCAUUUAUACAAAAGAACAAGCCAAGAUUGAUAAAGUUCAUCGAUGAUCUUUCGCUUUCAACAGAUACGUCAUUCAACAAUGCAAGCAAUCCUUUGCGAUCCUCUGGUCUCCCAAAAGGUAUUCAAUUUCCAGGCAGUAAUGGUAAGAAACACUCAAAGUUCAAUAAUAAUUCCCAGAACUCUGAAGUGGUGUUCACGUCUCGUGAAGGUAACUGGUUAUGUAGUCACUAUAAAAGACAUUGUUUUGUUAAAUUUGAUUGUUGUGAGCAGUUUUAUCCAUGUCAUCGUUGUCAUAACAAUCAAAGUGCGUGUGGCAACAAGAAGCUUAAAUCACGUGAUGCAGUAGAUGUGAAAUGUGCUUAUUGUAGCAACGUACAAAAGUUUGGUGAAAAGUGCACGAAUUGUGGUGUUAAAUUUGCCAAAUAUUUCUGCGCUUUAAGUAAACACCUUACUGGCAAAGACGACCAUCCUUAUCAUUGCGAGAAAUGUGGAAUUUGCAGAGUUCACAGAGAUCGUUCUUUUCAUUGCGAUGUUUGUAAACUACAACUGCGUGGUAAUCAUAAAUGUAGAGAAAACUCUGCACAUGAUGGUUGUAUAUGUUUAGAGGAUGCUUUCACAGGUUGUCAAAUAUUACCAUGUUCUCAUAAAGUUCAUAAAGAAUGCGCCAAUGAAAUGAUUCGAAGAGGAAUAACACGCUGUCCCAUUUGUCGUGAAAGUUUUGCUCAUAAACUUGAAAAGAAAACUCCAUCGAAGAGACGUCAUGGUGGAAGACAUAAAUGACAAGCAGCCAUUAGAUAGAUUUACAUUUUGUCCUUCGAUCUGUAUUUCUAUAUUGGCUGCUUUUAAUUUGAUUAUAGAAAACGAUGAUUUGUGUUUUUAUGAUUUUGUUAAAUUCCUCUGGAGAUGUGAUUUUAGCGUGUUGCCUCAAAACUGUUUUUUCACAUGAGAGAUGAAUCAGCAUUUGAUCUUUUGACCGUUAAUGGAACAACUGUGGAAACACCUAUAGAUGAUAAUGCAGAGAAAAGCAUAAACUCUACGACGAACCUUGGUCUGGAAGCAACUUUUAUAAACCAAAA